GCUGCAGCUGCUGGUUUUUCGCUUCAAUGAAUGUGAUCCUGUGUAGGGUGAUGCUUCGCUUGGAGCUGGUACUUGUCACGAUAUGCGUUUUGCUGUUGGCAGUUGCCGCUUUCGAUGGUACGAUCAUAAACUUCGGUGAACAGCUCAGUAAUCUGCAACGGAGUUUUCCAAAGCACCACUUCCCCGUUGUACGAGCUCAACGAUUUUACUUUCCCAUAGCGGAAGUUACCCGGUAUUGAGCACAGAUCCUCAGCCAGCUAAUUUUGUAAUAAACAUUUUUCUCGUCAUAGAUUGUUGCGUAUGAAACAACACGUCAUCAAUGCAAUCACUUAUAGUCCUCG